AUGAUCUCACGUGUUGCUGCAGUCAUGGCACCCAACAAACACAACCGUCGCCGCAUGACCGGAUCCAGCGGAAGGAGGAGGGAAGGAGGAGAGAGUGAGCCGCAGAGACCCAACAUGUCCCGGCAUGUGUUUACUUCCGCGGUGCUGCUCCUCGUCGUGAUGAUGUGCUGCGGCACCUGUGGAGCCGCGGCCGCUGGAGGGAAUAAUGGGAAGAGUGAUUUAAUAAAUAUUCAUAAGCUGCAGGGAGUCGAUCUAUUUGUGCCGCAGACGAUGCUGGUGCGGCCGAAAGGGGGGACUUCUCCAGAAAUGAAGUUGGAUUCCUUUGUUACACCCUCUCUCGUCAGUGCUGGUGGAGUAAUUGCGGCUUUUGCCGAAGGUCACGAAAACGUCCGAAAAGACAAUGACCAAUCAAUCAGGCACUUUUACUCUGAUGUUGUUGCGGGGUACAUUGACUCUGCGUGGAACUGGACCACUCUUGUUGACAAGGUCAAUCAGAGCUCAUGGAGGGCACACACCGUGCUUACUGCAGCGAAUGGAAAGAAACGUUUGGAUGAUAUGCUUAACCCCACAACAAUUGCGAAGGGCAAUAAGGUGUUUCUUCUUGUGGAAAGCCCUGGUUUGUCCCCUGUCAACGAUAAUUCGUUUUUGGAUAGAUUGGACCUGACACUGGUUGUGGGCACUGUCACGAAUUCUACGGGCGGCGAGCCGAGUAAACGGAUUGAAUGGGGUGCGCCCAAAUUGCUUUUAAGCAUGAACAUUUCCGCUGCUUCUGACGAAAGUGAAUUGAGGAGUGUUUUUCCAUCUGGUGGCUCAGGUGUUCUGAUGGACAAUGGCACGCUCGUGUUUCCCGUGGUUACGUUUGGUGAUGAUGACGGUUUAUCCAUGAUCAUUUAUUCGACGGACGACGGCGCAAACUGGGUGUUUUCAAAU